AUGAAACGAAUUUCAUUACGUGUGUCUCCUUCACCAUCGCUCCCACGACACUUCUCUUCCUCCUCAUGUUUAUCAUCUUCUUUGACUACUGUAUGCCGGUAUGGCAGUCAUCAAAGUAUCUCUUUCUCUCAUGAUCUAGGUGAGGAGAGUGUUGUUCAUAUGAAUAUGAAUAUGGAGCAGCAGGAGGAGUUUAUAAAUCAGGCGGAAUUAUUUGCAUCUAUGGAAGAUGUGGAGACUCCUGUUUUUAAUUACAAACUGGAAGAGACGCCGGUGGUGAUAGAUACGGAAGUGAUUGCGGAUGCGAAAGAGUUGGAAAAUGUAGCGGCAAAUGAAUUAUUAAAUGAAGAUGAGGAAAUUCUCCUAAUGCCAGAUCUGAAUGAAGAGAAUACGAAUGAUAAUAACAGCAACAGAAAUAUGAAGAAGAAAAAAAUGGAAUCCAAUCUUUCAGUUCCUCCUCCAUCAGAGACAUGGAUAGCACGAAUGCAAGAUGCUUCUAGUUAUCUAAGUAAACAAGAUGCCCUUUAUCUUUCCAUACCUACACCAGAAGAGGUUCAACUUCCACCUCCAACUAGUCCAGAACUCUCAUCUUGUGUGAUGGUUGUUUUUGCGGCUAAUGAUUUACGUGUUCAUGAUAAUUAUGCCUUGGCGCUUGCGGCUGUGCGGGCAGAACAGGCGGGAGGCAUACCAGUUGUUGCCGUUGCCGUUGUGGAUUACCGUCUGUUUGCCCAACCAAGUGCGGUGGGUGCAUUCUUUCGUCAAAGUCCAAUGCGGGCACGUUUUUUUCUUGAAACUUUAGAGAAAUUGCGUGAAAAACUGGAAAGAGAAUUACAUGUACCACUUUUAAUUAGAUGUGGUCGUCCAGAGGAACAUAUUCCUCGUCUUGCGGUGGAGUGUGGGGCUACAGAUGUCUUUCUUACUACACAGUAUGCACCUCAUGAGAAAUACGUACAUGAUACUAUUAUGGAGAGAAUUAAACAUAGACGUUGGAUAAGCCGAGAUGCGGAAACGGGUCUCAUUGCAACUGAACAUGAUGCGACUCUUAUACAUCCGUAUAGUAUGCAUUCAUCUAAUAGUUCUCAUCAUUGUAAACAUAUAGUGAUAACGAGGGAAGCACCUGUACCUCAUAGUGUUUGGCAAACAACACUUAUACAUGUGGAUGAUUUGCCUGUUUCUGUUGCGUCCAUGCGAGAGGGAGAACGAUGGUAUCAUGAUGAUGUGACGAUUGCCCGAAUUCGUCCAACACGACCGUAUGAUUCUUACAUUUCACGUCUUUCUGCACUUCCAUCCCGUUCUGAACUUCUCCCUACAUCAUCAGAGUUACGUGGUAUACAUUCCCCACCUGCUUAUCGUGGGGCAUUACCAACAUUAACAGAAUUGGGAUACGGCAGUGCAGAGGCUUUUGUUGUCUCUGAAGUUAUCGCUACACAAUCUUCACAUCCACCUGGUGAAGUGGCCGCGAUGGAACGUGUGGAUGCGUGGCUUGCAGAUGCGGGAGUUACAUCACUGUUGAGAACAGGAAGAGAACAUCGUACCAACACAAAAUUAUAUUCUCAACGCCUUUCACGUCUCUCUCCAUAUAUCGCUCUUGGUUCACUCUCACCACGCCGUCUGUAUGAAUCCCUGCGGGUCUACACAAGUGAACAUCUACGAGAUCAAUUUGUUCAGAUGCAAUACCGUGAGGCCCUAUUGCGGUUAUCACGACGUGAUUAUUGGCAUUGGAUGGGAUUACGUUAUGGUCCACAACUCUUCUUUCCUUAUGGCCCACGUCCGGAACACACGGAUGACAUUCCAGACUGGCGUCAUGAUGCGAAGAUUGUACAGAAAUGGUGUGCAGGACUCACUGGUAUUCCACUCGCAGAUGCGGCCAUGCGGGAAUUAAACACAACUGGAUUUGUUGCACAUGAAGGACGUCAGGCAUUGGCGUGGUUACUUACCCGUGGAUAUGGACAAGAUUGGCGUCUUGGGGCGGAGUGGUUGGAGCGAUGUUCACUUGAUUAUGAUCCUUUUAUCUGUUAUGGUAACUUUGCAUACUGCAGUGAACUUAUUCGAGAUGACUUUGGUGAGGCGGUUCGUAAUAUUCAUUGGCUCGCUCAUCAUCAUGAUCAGACAGGCAUCUAUGUGAAGAAGUGGCUUCCACAGUUGAGUAAAAUUCCUCCUGUGUAUAUUCACAGACCACACGUUCUCACACCACGAAUGCAGGCUAUGCAUGGAAUUCAACUUGGAAAGAACUAUCCAUAUCCAUUGAAACUGUGGGAUGGCGCCCAAUACACAUUAAGUAGUGAAGAACUUACAACACACUUUGACAGAGAAAGUUUAUGGCAGGAAAAGGCAAAGAAUGGUGCUGGUGGUUCUGGAUACACAGAGGCACUCCGACAUGGACUUGCCAUUAUGAAAGUGAAUGAGUGGAAUGCGUCAGAUUCAUUAGAUGAAGUUAAACAGCGGCCAUGGGUACAUCAUUUGCCCAAAUCGGCAUUUCCAGAUAAUGAGGAGGAGGAGGAAAUGCAUCACAUCACUGCUCAACACAAUAGACCUGCAGAAAAUAAGGUCCAACAGCAGUAUCAACAAGAACAGUUUGUGUCUUUGGAAUAG